UUGAGGGUUUCUUGAAUCUACAAAUUUGAUCAAAACAGGCAUUUUUCAUAUCAAGGACCCCUUUUUGCAUGUUAUUUUUACGCAAUUUUCAUCAAAAAUUUAAUUAAAUCUACAGAACAACAGUCUCAUCACAGCACAAGGAAAUGAAUUUUCUAAAGCAGGCAUUUAAUGUUGCAAGAAUUUUAACAACAGAAGCUGUAACAACUAUACAAAGCUGUAAUAAAAGUCUGUAUCAAAUGCAUAGAUCAGGUCCUCAUUUUAAAGUACGUCCACCACGUCAGCCUUUAGAUGGAAAGCCUUUCGCAAAAGGUGUCGUCCUUAAGACUUUAAUUAAGAAACCCAAGAAGCCAAACUCAGCUAAUCGAAAGUGCGUGCUGUUAAGACUAUCAACUGGCAAAGAAAUGGUCGCAUACGUUCCUGGCAUCGGACAUAAUCUACAAGAACAUAAUGUAGUGCUAUGCAGAGUCGGUAGACUUCGUGAUACGCCUGGUGUUAAAAUCAAAUGUGUACGUGGUGCUUAUGAUUUGCCUCAUGUCAUAAAACCAAUUGCUAAGUAGACAUUUGUAUAGUUAUAUCUAGGAUCUUUAUUAUUUCAAAUUGAAUUAUUUUUAAAAAAUAAAAAAAAAAGGAUUAGUAAUUGAAGAAGUCGCUUUUUGCAGACUCAUAGAUGUUAAAAUUGAUGGCUUUCCAGUUUACAGUUGUUCUACACUAAAAACUUGACGAAACUAGUUUAAUCUUAUACAAUUGGUAAUUUUCAUAUAGUUAAGAAUCAAAUUGGGCUUCUAGAGACUUUAUUCUUCAACAUAAGGCUUAAUAAUCUUAACACGUAAUCAAUCUGUAACGGAAACUUUUGAAUUUGAUUCCGGUUUGUGUCUCGACUAAAUUUCCACUUAACUACAUUAAUUAAUGGAUGAACUUGCAACACUGUACUAUUUAGAGAUAUCUCAAAUAGCUCUGCUAACGAAUUGAUGAAAUCAAGCGAUGUUAUCUCCAAAGGAUCAUCCAAUUUGAUUUUAAACUUGAAAGAUGGGAUGAUUCGAUGACUCACUGGAUCUAAUCUUGUAAAUGGAGUGAAAUCCAGUCGUAAUACAGGAUUAAAAUGCUUGUUUCGACCCAAAUCAAGACUCCAUGCGUUACUGCAUGUGUGAUAAAACUUGAUUAACGAUUGUUGUAGCUCAAUGAUGGACAUUCAAUGUUCAACAAUGAUUUAACCAAUAAAUAACAUUUAAAUAAAUAAUUUUUUGACUUAAUUUAUAUUUUUAAGUGGG